ACUCUGCCCUCAAACAACCAUCUAGCCAUGUGGAUAGUAAACUGGUUCUUCGAUGUGCUUGCCAGCCUGGGCCUGCUGAACAAGCACGCCAAGCUGCUAUUCCUGGGCCUCGACAACGCCGGCAAGACGACGCUGUUGCACAUGCUCAAGAACGAUCGGGUUGCGGUUUUGCAGCCAACUCUCCACCCAACCUCGGAAGAGCUCUCCAUCGGCAACGUCAAAUUCACGACUUUCGACCUGGGCGGCCACCAGCAGGCGCGCCGGCUGUGGCGCGACUACUUCCCCGAAGUAUCCGGCAUCGUGUUUCUCGUCGACGCGAAAGACCACGAGCGGCUGCCCGAGAGCAAGGCCGAGCUCGAUGCGCUGCUCUCGAUGGAGGAGCUGUCCAACACGCCCUUCGUCGUGCUCGGCAACAAGAUCGACCACCCAGACGCCGUCAGCGAGGACCAGCUGCGCGCGAGCUUGGGCCUGUACCAGACGACGGGCAAGGGGAAGGUGCCGCUCGAGGGCAUCAGGCCGAUUGAGGUGUUUAUGUGUAGUGUGGUUAUGCGGCAGGGUUACGGCGAGGGGAUUCGAUGGCUCAGCCAGUACGUUUAGGUGACGCCGAGGCUGCCGGGAGCUGGAGAGAGAGAGGCGAGGUGAGGAUCAGAUUUGGAGGGGAGGAGCAGGGUCGCUUUUCCAAAGGGUGCUGGCGUUUGGCAGCAACUUUCACGAACAUAUGAUCUCUACCACGACGACUUCUUGCACCCUAGUAAAGCGAUUCGAGAGAAUGAACGGUGGCAAGCAGACAACACGCUUUGGUGCUUUUUCUUUUUGGGUGGCAUGAGUAGAGCUGCGAUUUCAAGACUGCUGCAAUCAAUCAAUCAAAGUCACAUUACAUCGUUAUCCGUUUUCGCGAGUACACCUUUUUGGAUCGCUAACGAGGCUCAAAUUUGGUAUUCAAUUCUUUCGUUCGAGGGCUAUCUCUAUCCGAGUUUUGGAUGUACAGUACAAACCAGAACCCACCUGAGAAAACAGCGUGCUACAGAUGCACCCCUUUAAACGCCGCAC